AUGGAUUAUAAGAAAAUUACAGAUGAAGUUUCGGAAAAAAUUCUGUCGUACAGCCAAGAUACUUCAGGAUGGAGAGUGGUAAAAGUUUCAAAAAAUGUUACAGUUUCUUCAAAGCCUUCCAAAGAGUAUGCAGGAAAUAUAUACCGUGGAGAAGGGGUAAUCAAGGAAGUUACUAGUAAAAUUAUUCCUUUUAUGUAUCUUCCUGAAUAUCGAAGCAAAUGGGACAAAGCACUACAGUCUUACAAGCUGUUAGAAAGGAUUGACCAGGACACGGGUAUAUACCACAGCGUAACACACAGUUAUGGCAUGGGGUUGAUUUCAUCAAGAGAUUUUGUUGACCUGCUGCAUGUUAAACCGUACCCUGGUGGUAUCCUUACAACUAACUCCAUCAGUGUGGAAUACUCCAGCUGCCCUCCAACUCCCUCUUGUGUCCGAGGCUAUAACAAUCCCUGUGGAUAUGUGUGUUCACCUUUGCCUGAGAAUCCAGAGCAUUCUAAGCUAGUUGUUUUUAUUCAGCCAGAACUAGGAGGAAUGCUUCCCUGUUCUGUAGUGGAGACAGCCUUACCCACUACUCUCGUAAACUUAAUCACUGACACAAGAGCUGGACUGAAAAGCUUGGAAGACCGUAAUUAA